AGUAACGACGUGGCUGGCUAGCUAGAUGUAAAUAUUGACAAUUUGUAACUGUAUCACACACAUGUUAUGGAGACAAGUUGUUUCUCUGAUAUCGACAAUGAGUCGGCGUCAAUUGUAGGUGAUUCUGAAGGAGAAGAAGAAAAAAAUAUUUACCUGGACAGAUUGAUGCUUGCAGAUUUGUUAGACUCGCCAUACACACGUAAUUUGUCCACACCACUCACCAUCAAUGGCUGUACAGACGGGUUUUCUCCUCAGAUAGCGAUGUUGACUUGUAGACGUUUGGAUGGCAUGGACCAAGUGCGUCUCACACCUGAGAAGAUCCAAUCCCCAUAUUUGUCAAGGAGUUCUGGGAAUCCAGAUGACGAGAAAGGAAUGGAUAGUAUUAUCGCUCAAGGACAUGAUGGAGAAGACAGUAAGGGGAUGAAAGAAGAAGACACCUCCGAGGGGUCAGUGUCCCAUUCACACAGGGAGGGUACACAGCGGACCCUCGGGGACGUAAUCCCAAAACUUUCCCGGGGUGGUGGUGAUUGUGACCUCUCACAGAAGGAGACAGGUGCAGAGCCCAAGGGACAGACCAGGCUGACUGAGAGUCAGACACAGGGGAGUAAACAGACCAGACCAAUGGAGGGAAGCAGACCAACCAGGCAGACCAGAGGGACCAAACAGAAUGACAACCAGGCACAGGAGAACAAACCGGAGAACAGACAGACCAGGCAGAGUGACAGUCAGAGCCAGGAGACCAGCAGACCAACCAGGCAGACUGACAGACAGAAGCAGGAGACCAGCGGACAAACCAGACAGACCAGGCUGACUGACAGCCAGAAGCAGGAGACCAGCGGACCAACCAGACAGACCAGGCUGACUGACAGCCAGAAGCAGGAGACCAGCGAACCAACCAGACAGACCAGGCAGAGUGACAGCCAGAAGCAGGAGACCAGCAGACCAACGAGAGAGACCAGGCAGACUGACAGACAGAAGCAGGAGACCAGCGGACCAACCAGACAGACCAGGCAGACUGACAGCCAGAAGCAGGAGACCAGUGAACCAACCAGACAGACCAGGCAGAGUGACAGCCAGAACAGGCCAGGGACACUGAGAGGUGUGAAGCAGAACCCUGGGGGGUCCCAGAGUGGGCGGGCCGUCCCCCCUCUGAAUGUCCUCCACCGGAAGAACCCUUACGGGGAGACUGUUCUCCACGUUGCAGUCAUGCAAGGAGACAUCCAGAGGGUCAGAGGCAUGCUGUCACAGGGCCCCGACGUCAACAUGGCCGACAACGCAGGUUGGACUCCUCUUCACGAGGCAGUGUCCCACGGUCACUAUGAGAUCAGUAAAGACCUGAUCCAGACUGGAGCUCUGGUCAACUGUAUUGGAGACAGUGGAACCACGCCUUUACAUGAUGCUGUAGUGCAGGGACACCUGCAGAUAGCAGAGCUGCUGUUGAAGCACGGGGCAGACCCUCUACUGAAGAACAACAACGGGCAGACAGCCUAUAGCAACACCACAGAACCCUCUCUGAUCAAACUCAUGGAGAACAACAUCCCCAAGAACAAGAGAAAGGCACUAGCAGGGAGAAGCGGGGAGCAGUCAGGAGCUGGAGGACCCAUGAGAGCGUUGAGGUCAGUGUCCAAGGGCACUGUGUCCAGGAACAUCCCUGGGGGGUCCCAGAGCGGGCGGACCGUCACCCCUCUGAAUAUCCUCCACCGGAAGAACUGUUACGGGGAGACUCUACUCCACGUUGCAGCCAUUCAGGGAGACAUCCAGAGGGUCAGAGACAUGGUGUCACAGGGGCUCGACGUCAACAUGGCCGACAACGCAGGUUGGACUCCUCUUCACGAGGCAGUGUCCCACGGUCACUAUGAGAUCAGUAAAGACCUGAUCCAGACUGGAGCUCUGGUCAACUGUAUUGGAGACAGUGGAACCACGCCUUUACAUGAUGCUGUAGUGCAGGGACACCUGCAGAUAGCAGAGCUGCUGUUGAAGCACGGGGCAGACCCUCUACUGAAGAACAACAACGGGCAGACAGCCUAUAGCAACACCACAGAACCCUCUCUGAUCAAACUCAUGGAGAACAACAUCCCCAAGAACAAGAGAAAGGCACUAGCAGCUCCAACAAGACGACCUGCAGACUCGUCCCAACUCAGCCCGUCCCAAAGUGGAACAGAGAGGAAGCUCAGGAGGUUAGCAGCACAGGCAGAUCAGACCAGCACUGACCAGGAGAGAUACCAGCAGAGACGCACAACAACCAGGUCUGAAACCAGCAACACUGACCAGCAGAGACGCACAACAACCAGGUCUGAAACCAGCAACACUGACCAGCAGAGACGUACAACAACCAGGUCUGAAACCAGCAACACUGACCAGCAGAGACGCACAACAACCAGGCCUGAAACCAGCAACACUGACCAGGAGAGACACACAACAACCAGGCCUGAAACCAGCAACACUGACCAGGAGAGACACACAACAACCAGGCCUGAAACCAGCAACACUGACCAGCAGAGACAGACAACAACCUCUCCUAAAGUUGCAGGGGUCUUGAGAGAGAAAGAGGAGCCUCAUGGUGAUGGCUCUACUGGUCCAAGCCAACCACUACCUUCUGUCCAGGAUGGGAGGCAGUCUAGAGCACCAACUAUGAAGAGGAACCUGGAUGACCAGGCAGGGGAAGAAGACCCAAGGCCUAAUCACGCCAUUUUAUCAGACAUAUCCACACCCAGAAAAGUCAUUAAACGCAUCACCACCAAACGGAAGGAUAUAUUUGAUUUGCUCCUGCAGAGCAACCCGUUCGACCUGGACAGUGUUCUACUGGCGGCCCAGACAGGAAAUGGUCAGGCGACAACAGGAAGUCAUCAUGACUCUGUUGAUUCAGUUGUGUUGAGAAGUCGAAGCACAGAUUUCCUGCUGGGGACAGCAGAUUUCAGAGGAAAGGAGGGAGGAAGGGAAAGGAAAACAGAAAAACAGGAAGUGAUGAAACCCUCACAACGCCAGAGAGAGGAGCUAAUUCUAACUCCAGAUGGGCAUCUCUCCCAGCAUACUGACCACUGCCAGAGCCAGAGAGAGGAGCUAACUCUAUCUCUAGAUGGGCAUCUCUCCCAGCAUACUCACCACAUAGACGUAGCAGGGUUCAAUCUAGGUGAAUAUCUAAAUCUCAACCCAACAAAGAAUACUGACAAAUACCAACACAACACAAUCUGUGCAGAGGAAACCAGUCAAAACCCUGACCAGAAUACAUGUCCUGAAGCCUUAGUGCCGCUAGCUGGUGAGGAUGCCACAAGAAACAGCAUUUCCAGCGAUAGGUCAAAGGUCACCCUCACCCACCGACCUGCUAGGCCAGUGAUUGACCCCAUUGACCUGAGCCUAAUGGACCAGGAUGACACCCGCUGUACCCUUAUAGACAACCUCUCACCUGUUGAACACCUGUCCCUGUCCAGAGCACCUGUCCCUUUGGAAACCACUGACGCUGUGAAUGUCUGUGUGGCUGGGAGUUCAUCUCCAUUUACUGGUGAUCAGUGUAAGCUAGACAAUGCUCUCCUGUCCGAGGAAGACUUGGAGGAGCAGUGUAGCGUGAGUCUUCUUCCUACAACAACAACACACCUGGAUGUCACAAGACAAGCUUCCGUUGUUGACGGUAACGAGAAGCAGACACAACCAGUCGAGAUGCCAUCAGCGAUGGAUGAUGAUGAAUAUCUUGGCUCUUGCAACACCAGCUCUCCAUCCCUCCUAGUGGCUGAGGAGCUCCACGGCCCUGUGGGGAUAUCAGAAUGUACAGAGACCAAUAUCAAUACACUGUUUAUGCCUAGAGCAAGUCAAAUCCCCAAAGCUUCUCCCAUUGGAUCAGAUGUUGGUUUAAAAGCCAACCUGCUUAGACGCACUGGUCUCGAUCUCCAGCUGACUGGAAACAGACUGGACAGAGAGACCACGGCUGCUGUGACUAGUAGAGACGGUGAGAGGUGUCAUAUUGAUGGUGGACAACGUGAGGGACGCUUUGUAACACACAGAGAGUCUGGAGACCCUGAUGCUUCUACUACUGACAAGACUAAAGACGAUGACGCUGACAGCUUCCCUGACUCUGACUGCACCGUGGUCUCUGAACUGGACCGCGCAGAGACAGAGAGCAAUGAUCUGGGACAAGUUGAAAAGGAGGAGGUGGAGAAAGCUCAUGUUCAACUUGAUUCAGAAGCGACAAUUGGUUCCUUUCAAGAUCAAGUGAGAGGAGUAGAAAACCAAACCCCCGGGACUGAAGAUGAGGCUUUAGAGAGUAGAGGCAAGGUAGAAGAGGAGCAGACUGCUGAUGCUUUAGAUACAGUAAUAGAUUACACUGAAGAUCAGGCUUUAGAUACAGUAAUAGAUUACACUGAAGAUCAGGCUUUAGAUACAGUAAUAUAUUACACUGAAGAUCAGGCUUUAGAUACAGUAAUAUAUUACACUGAAGAUCAGGCUUUAGAUACAGUAAUAGAUUACACUGAAGAUCAGGCUUUAGAUACAGUAAUAGAUUACACUGAAGAUCAGGCUUUAGAUACAGUAAUAUAUUACACUGAAGAUCAGGCUUUAGAUACAGUAAUAGAUUACACUGAAGAUCAGGCUUUAGAUACAGUAAUAGAUUACACUAAAGAUCAGGCUUUAGAUACAGUAAUAGAUUACACUGAAGAUCAGGCUUUAGAUACAGUAAUAGAUUACACUAAAGAUCAGGCUUUAGAUACAGUAAUAGAUUACACUGAAGAUCAGGCUUUAGGUACAGUAAUAGAUGACUCUGAGGCGUGUGAGAUGAAUGGUGAUGGAUCUACUACUACUGUAAUGGAGGGCUCCACUGGCCUGUUACCCGCUAUAGAUGACUGCCAAGCUAGAGACGACAUGAGGGAAGAUGAACCAGAGAUCAACACUAUGCAAAGUGACGCGGGCAGCGCCACACACCACAACAGCUCCAGUCAACACAAGAGGAAAGCCAAGAGCAGUAGAGCCAGACCUGGCAAGAGGCAGGCCAAGCUGUUGUUGAAACCAAAGCCAAAGCCAAACCCUUGGGCGUCGCAAAACACCAGCACUCGCACUAGUUACACAACCGAUGGUGCUGAUACCUCAUCUAGUUCAGUAGUUAGCAUGCCUGGCACAAAGAUUCCCUUGAGGAAUCUCCACAAGAGAAACCGCAUGGGAGAGAGCCACCUUCACCUGGCAUGCAAGAAAGGAGACCUGGCUCUAGUGAGAGGCCUUAUUGAAGCAGGUUUAAAUGUCAACCAGAUAGAUCACGCAGGCUGGACGGCGCUGCAUGAGGCCAGUGCUGCAGGCUCCGAGGCUGUGGUCAAGGAGCUACUGCAGGCUGGGGCUGACGUCACCUGUAGAGGUCUGGAGGGCCUCUCUGCUCUGCAUGAUGCUGCUGCCUCAGGACACUACGAGGUAGUGGAGCUCCUUCUCCAGUAUGGAUCAAACCCCCAAGACAAGAACGCUCUGGGCCAGACCGCUGUGGACCUAGCCUGCCACGACGACAUCAAACAACUCCUUUCCACAUUCCAGGGCCCUUUUGUCCAACGAAGUGCUGCGCCUUCUGAGAGGCCCUCUGAGAGGCCCUCUAAGCAAUGUGUCUCUGAGUCUGGGUCUGAGGGUCGCUGCAGGAGGAAGCCAGCUGGCCCAAGCUGUUUCUGCUGUGAGGGCGACAGGGAAAGACACAAAGCCAGACGCACAGGUGUCAGGGAUACAGACGGAGACGGACAGCCAGGAGACAAAGAACGAGACGGGCAGCCUGGUGACAUUCAGCCCAGACAGAAAGACAGCACCACUGAGACAGUCAAACUGAAUCGCUCUGAAGCUAUCACUACAGCUCUGGAGGAAGUGGAGAGAAAACAGGAGGAAAUGUCAACCUGGAAAUUAAAUAAGUCAGAGGACGCAGACAAAUUGACGGUGGCGCUAUCAGAGAUCCAGAGUGUUCUGAAUGUUGUGCUGGAAAAACAGCAGGCGGAGAAAGAUGAUCUGACCAGGAAGUACAGGAUAGCGUCAGACUCGUUCCGGCAGGGUGUGCUGCGUGGUCAGCUGACCUCGUUGGCGUCGCGUCAGAAGAAGCUGCUGGGUAUCCUCCAGAAGCAAAGCGACUUCAAGCUCCAGCUCCGCACCCGGAGGGGCCCGACCCUGACUCAGCUCCCCAGGACACAGCACUCCCAGGCGGGGAGAGAUCAGAACGUCUCCCCCUCAUCAACCACCACCUCCAGCCCUGCUCCCUCAGAGAGGAGACUCGCAGGCAGCCAGGAGGGGAGCCCCACUUCCCCCUUGUUCAGCUCUACUGGUAAUCACGACAACAGAGACAAACAACAAGGUAGUAGCCAGACAUCUCAGGUAGCGCCGCCUCCAGCACAACCUCCAACACUCCUUUGGACCGCCACCACGACUACCCCUCAGCACACCACCAGGUAUUUCCUGGUACCAAUGCCCACAGCUCCUCCCUCAUUGUCUCUGGCUCCACCCACCAGCACCAAUCAGAUCAGUAAGGACAUUCCAACACAACACCGGGAUGACAAAAACAACACUACCUUUCCAUCACAACAAAGAAACAGCGAACCACAACAGGGAAACACCCUUGACAUGGGAAGCAAGGUGUCACAACAAGGAAACGGAAACGAUGAUGGAGAAGAGAACAGGAAGUUGAUCAGGCUCAUCAAGAUAGGCAUCAUCACACCAGGAGAGGAUGUUCUACAGCUGAUGUGGAGGGGCUGUGUCCACCAGGCAUCUCUGCUCCCAGAGGGGUGGAUCAGAGACGGGGUCACAGGCAGAGUGUUCCAGGCCCCAGAGCUCUGGGUAGCAGCUAUCCUGGGAAACAACAUCCCUGUCUCCUCAGCCUAUGCCUGGGACAAGGUGACGUACAGACACAGGUCUCUGUCUGGUUACUUACUGGGUCUAGUGGACAUGACGGCCCCAGCAGCAGCAUCACAGAAGCCUGCCGAAUCCACACACCACGAUGGCUCCUCUGCUCAGCCUCAGGACGUCCCAGCUGCAGGGGCACCUCUCUCAGAGUCAUCGGCAGUACUCAGAAAUAUAAUGCAAAUCAAGUCGAUCAGAUUGAUUGGUGAUGAGGAGUUAGUGCCCCGUCAUAUAAUGGACCGCUAUUGGGACAGUCUCACUCAGACACACACUGACGACUGGCUGUUUUAAACUGACCGGAGAGACUGAAGACGGAACGUUAUUCAUGUUAUAAUUGUUACUGUAUCAACGUUACUUGAACUCUGUUAUCAGUGUUGUAAUGGACUGCUACUGGGACAAUCUCACUCAGACACACACUGGCAACUGGAUGUUUUAAAAUCAACCUUUUAUCCCCCAUGGAGAGACUGAAGACUAAUAUUAGUCAUAUUAAUGUAUGAUUCACUGUUAUCAAUGUUAUUAUUCAAGAUGUACAAGUGGGUGUUUUAGAAUUAACUCUUUAUCCCACAAAGAGAACUAGAGACUCCAGGGCUACUAAUGUUAUAAUUAAGCAAUAAGGCCUGAGGGGGUGUGGUAUAUGGCCAAUAUACCACGGCUAAGGCUAUUCUUAA